AUGGUGGAACAAGACGAUGCAGAGAUAGUUGUAACUAACAUUAUCAACUCAGCUUCUUUCCUUAGUGGAAAUCAAGGGGAGCCUCUACACCACAACUGCCUGAAGACUAUCAAAGCCACCUACUCCAGCUACCCUGAUCUGGAUGACCCUUUGGAUGACACAGAAUCUGGUUCACUGAUGUCGUCAGUGGAAAGCGACAUGCUGGUGCCUGGGGCUGGGGCGGCAUCGCCUCUCUUUGGCUUCGCUUGUCCCGGCCCCGGCCCUGGCCCCGGCCCCGGCCCCGGCUCCUCCCGGGGCCUGUGGAGGGCACACGCGGCGCAGCCGCUCCUGCCACUCCCGCUGCGGCUCUCGCGGCCCGAGCUCCACCGGGGCCCGGGGCGGGUGGGGAUGCCCGGCCCAGGACCGUCGGGGCGGUCGGGAGCCAUGUCUAGCCCCUGGCCGAGCGCUGACAGCCGCGUGUCACCCGCAGGGGGCGCGCAGGAGGCCUUGCAGGAGCGGUACCGGCUGGGUUCUCUGCUGGGCAGCGGCGGCUUCGGCAGCGUCUUCUCGGGCACCCGGCUCGCGGACGGCGCCCCGGUGGCCGUCAAGUGCGUGCCGCGGGAUCGCAUCCAGCACUGGGACGAGCUGCCCAACGGCGCCCGUGCGCCCCUGGAGAUCGUGCUGCUGGACAAGGUGUCCACUGGCUUCCCUGGAGUCACUCAGCUGCUGCGGUGGUUUGAGCUGCCCAGCUGCUUCUUGUUGGUGCUGGAGCGUCCGGAGCGAUGUCAGGACCUCUCUGAUUUCAUCGUGGCCCGGGGGUUCCUGCCGGAGGAGGAGGCGCGGGGGCUGUUCCGCCAGGUGCUGGAGGCCGUGUGGCACUGCAGCAGCUGCAGGGUCCUGCACAGGGACAUCAAACUGGGCAACAUCCUCAUCGACCUGGCCAGCGGGCAGCUCAAACUGAUUGACUUUGGCUGUGGCACCUUCCUCCAGGACACAGUCUACACCCAGUUUGCAGGAACACCAUCCUACAGCCCCCCAGAAUGGACCUACCUCAAAUGCUACCACAGCGAGGCAGCAACGAUCUGGUCCCUGGGUAUCCUGUUGUACCAGAUGGUCUGCGGGAAGCACCCGUUCAAGAAGGGCCAGGACAUCAUCCGGGGCAAGCUCAAGUUCCCACAAGGGCUCUCUCAAGAGUGCCAAGAUAUUAUCAGUUGGUGUUUAUCCAUGCGCUCCUUGGACAGGUCAUCUGUGGAAGAUCUGUUCUAUGACCCUUGGCUGCAGGGUGUUUGUCUGCCCUAG